GUGGUUUAUUUAGCAAGAUGGCGGCGAGCGGACUUCCCCGGGCGGCUGCGGCGGCCGGCACCUCGGUGAAGCCCAUUUUCAGUCGGGACAUGAACGAGGCCAAGCGGAGGGUGCGCGAGCUCUAUCGCGCCUGGUAUCGGGAGGUGCCGAACACUGUGCAUUUAUUCCAGCUAGACAUCUCUGUGAAACAGGGACGAGAUAAAGUCCGAGAAAUGUUUAUGAAGAAUGCCCACGUCACAGACCCCAGGGUGGUUGAUCUUCUGGUCAUUAAGGGAAAGAUGGAGCUGGAGGAGACGAUUAACGUGUGGAAGCAGCGGACACAUAUCAUGCGGUUUUUCCAUGAAACAGAAGCACCAAGGCCAACGGAUUUCCUGUCCAAGUUCUACGUUGGCCACGACCCGUGAAGUCACUCAGUGGAAAGGUGCAUGUUGCUAUUUAAAUAUUUUAGAGCACAAAUAAACUCAGUAUGUGAUGGUCACUUCAUGACAGAGUUCCAUUGGUGAACCAAUGGGAAGCUGUACUUCUGCAGUCUCUCUCUCUCUCUCUCUCUCUGUCUGAACAAGUUGGGUCUGAUAUACACACCACCUGUUCUUUCCUUUUCCUGAAACGUGGUGUUUCCAAUAAAUUAGAUUCUCUUUUCUCAGAGCCUUGCAUGUCGGUAAACAGGGAGGAUGAGGCCAUCUGCUCAGAAAUUAUCAUUCUGGGUACGAUGCUGGAUGGCUUUGUUAACUUAGCUGUAUUUCUACGGCCACCAGGAUUGGUUAGCUUGGUGUAAUGCACAGAUGAUCCAAAAUUAGCCAGCUCUUGCUACUGGAGAAGGAUCAGAGCAGCACUCGAUGGCCUGUAAGUGGAGCUGACAAGCUGGACUCUUCCCCAGGGU